ACCAAAGUCGAAACGAGUCAGUUGAUUAGUACCACUCUAUCAGUGCACACAGCGACCAUGAACUUUUUAGCGUCACUUCUUAUCCUACUUGGUACUUUUUCCGUAAUUUCAACCCGAGGGUUACGGGAAGAAUUCACCUGGAGUCGCAUUUCGUACGACUGGCCUGCAGGCACACCGCCACGCUUCGGGGGCGGCGAAAUCUCGUUCCCGAGGGGCAGGUACGACCGGACAACUGGACGGACCACCACAAGGCGCUCCAGUACUUCUAGACCAACGGGCAGCACCACCUCCAGACCUGACACAAACGAUGCUUAUUACAUUUACCAGAACAACAUCCCUAUGGGUGCCAACGUCUGGAACGAGAAACUCUUCAUCACGGUACCGCGUCGCAGGGUUGGGGUACCAUCCACUUUGAACUACAUUUGGGUGAAUAGUUCGCAGCACCAUAACGUACCGUUGAAACCGUACCCGGAUUGGGAGAGCAACUCGUUGGAAGCCAGUGGGGAUAAAUUCGUGUCGGUGUACCGAGUGGCGGUGGAUGGGUGCGACCGGUUGUGGUUUGUGGAUACGGGACGCAUCGAAACACCCGGGAAUCCGGAUCAAAUACAACCCAUUGCUUUGGUGAUUAUGGAUUUGAAGACGGAUCGGGUACUUCAAAGACACGUUUUUAAUUCGUCGGUACUACGAUCUGGAACGAGUUUAGCGAGCGUUACUGUGGAUGUGGAGGACGACAAGUGUGGCGAUGCUUUUGCUUAUAUACCAGAUUUGGGAGGGUUUGGACUUAUCGUUUAUAGCUUGAGGGAGGAUAGAGCUUGGAGGUUGAACCACAACUACUUCAGUUUUGAGCCUGUAGCUGGAGAGUUUAUGAUCGGAGGGCACCGAUUCCAAUGGAACGAUGGUAUUUUUAGUAUAGCUUUGUCCGACUUGAAGUCCGAUGGGCACAGAGACGCCUAUUUCCACUCCAUGGCUGGGUUUAACCAAUACAGAGUGUCGACGAGGGUUCUACGAAACGAAACUCUAUCCACAAGGUCGUACCACGAUACGGAUUUCGAGCACGUUGGUAGCCGCGGCCCCCUCUCCCAAACGUCAUCGUCCGACUUACACAAAACCCAUGGUAUUCUCUUCCUGGGUUUAGUCAACCAGAACGCUCUCGCCUGCUGGAACAUCGCCACUCCGCUUUCAGACAUCUCCAUCGUCCACAAGAACGACGAAACCAUGAUUUACCCCAGCGACGUCAAAGUCUCCGGCGAUACCAUCGUGCUUCUUACCAACACCAUGCCCGUGUUCCUGUAUGGUACCCUCGACUACGACCGCACCAACUUCCGGGUCUGGGUCGAGUCCGUGGACAUGGCCAUCCGAGGCACGAAAUGCGACAAGUCCAGACGCUCUAAAUCCUGAACUUGAACCAGAACGUUUUGUAUUAUGUAUUUUUUUUUAAUUUGGAUUAAAGUCUUCGCUUUU